AUGGCAACCAAGACUUCUGCAGUGGCGGACGAGCCGAUUGAGGUUCUGUUCGCCCUGCACCCCAAUUUCAACAUUACUGACUUUGCCGGUCCUCUCGAGGUCUUUGCGACUGCCAACUACGAGAAUGACAAGUCUACCACGGCUUUCGAAUGCACCGUGGCCGCUGCCGAGCCCAAGGUCAUGUCCGAGCAGGGCGUCUUCAUUGGCUCUCAGAUCUCCUACAAGGAGGCACACGAGCGCCUGAAUGACUUCGAUGUUCUCGUCGUUGUCGGUGGCGGCACUGAUGCCGUCAUUAAAAGUGAGGCUGAACCCCUUCAGCUCAUCGAUGCGUACUCCGAGCUUCAGCAGAAGGACACCAUUCGCGAGCGUACCCUUCUUUCCAUCUGCACCGGCUCUCUCUUCCUCGCCAAGCAGGGCAUCCUCGCCGGCUUGUCUGCUACCACCCACCCCGACUUCCUCACUACUUUUGAGAACCUCUGCAGCAAGUCUGCGCAGAAGACUCUCGGUGAGCGCACCGACGUCAUCGAGAGCGCUCGCUAUGUCGUGAACAACCUCCGCUUCGACAUUGGCGACGAGGACGAGAACCCCUACAUUCGACGUACAUCCGACGCUGGCCGUCGCCCCUCCAAUGCCCGAAAGGGCAGCAUUUCCUUCCAGGGCUCAGGACGACGCGAAUCCGUUGCUCGUCGCGCAGCGAUGCGUCUCGGCGGUCUUCGCGUUGUCACGAGCGGGGGGGUCAGCGCUGGUAUAGAUGCGGCUCUAUACAUGGUCAGCGCUCUCAUCUCGGAGGAGUCGGCUAACGAGGUGGCCCGCGUGAUGCAGUGGAACUGGGUUAAGGGUGUCGUCGUCGACGGCCUUGAUGUGUAA